CAACGCGACAAACACAAAAUAAGAAAAAGUGCAAGUAAAUAACACAACAACAACAUUUUACACUGUGCGCCUCUCCCUUUGAUAUGUUACUCAAUCAAAACAGUGCAAUUUACAUAAUUGCCUCAGUUCUGGUGGCUGUUACCGGAAUUUCCUCCGCCACCAACAAAAUGUCCGGCACCAAGACCUACCCCAAAACGCUGGAGGGCUUCGGUUACGGGUUCGACGAGGAAGGGAAGCUCCGGCAGAUUGAUCCGGAAACGGGCAAGUUGACCGACAAGGGCUUCGAUUUCAACAUCUACACGAACGCCACGGAGAACCAGGAACACUACGAGGCGCUGGGGGAGCACAUCACGGAGUGGGUUUACGAGCGGCUCGAGCAGAAGGUCGGACUGAAGCGGUUGGUUCUGCCGGAGGGUGCCCCGCCGGAAGAGGCCAGCUUUGUUUUUUGCACCCAGGAGCGGCUGGAACGGCCGAAGAAGCUGCUGGUGCUGAUUCACGGCAGUGGUGUGGUUCGGGCCGGGCAGUGGGCGAGGAGCCUCAUCAUCAACCACAGCCUGGACAGCGGCACCCAGAUCCCGUACAUCGAGCGCGCCCGCUCGCUGGGCUAUGAAGUCCUGCUCACCAACACCAACGACAACUACCGGACGUCCGGUGGCACCCGCAAAGCCAUCAAGGGCAGCCGCAACCCGACCGAGCACGCCGUGUCCGCCUUCGAGCAGUACGUCAUCGCGAGUAACCCGGAGUCGGUUGCGAUUGUGGCGCACAGUUACGGCGGGGUGGUGACCGUCGAGUUGGCCCAGCGAUUCCCGGAGUUUUUCAAGGACAAAGUGUUUGCCGUCGGGUUCACCGACAGUGUCCACUCGGCGUCGCUCGUGCCGAAGGGGCUGAUUGAGAUUGGCCGCAACUGGGCUGCCUCGUCGGAGCCACUCGACAAGACGCUCACCGUAACCAAGAACGACCUGCCGCGCUUCUCAGCAGGUCACACCAAACACGAGAUGACGUCCUACUCGUGCAUGGAUGCAGUGUUCAAGUUCUUUGAGCAGCGGUACGAGCAGUUCCAGGAGGGUGUCGCCGCCGCCGAUUCCGAGCCCGAUUCCAAAAAGUCCAAAAAUGAGCUGUAACCGUACUUUAAUUGCUGAGGUUGUUGCGGCCGAGUGUCAUCGUCGAAGCGCACAAAUCAUUUGCUGCUUGGAAGGAGGAAAUCGAACGAGAUAGACAGACUUGAAGUUGUUGUAAAAGUUUCCAUUUUGAUGAAUAAAAUUAAGUCCAGAUCAAAAUG